UUCAAUGGCCUCCCCUGAGCGGUAUGCGUUUAGUAAUGUCAUCAGAUUUGCGCGUGCGCAGUAAUUUUGCGUUUUGAGAUUUACGGUGUGUAGACGGUACCUUCUUACAUAAUCUAAUUAUAGGUCACUACGGGACAGUAGGCCGCGUUCGGCUUAUCGUGCCCACGAAGAGGAGAACUAAACUAGCAGAAAGUGACGAGCAGCUGUGACGAGAUGUUCCCUGCUACCAGAUACUCGAGUAAAGCCCACAGGUGUAUCAGGGCUUUGAAGACUGCGCAAGUAGAGCAUGCCUCACCUCAGCUGUACACCACGUUACACAGACGGAGCUGCUCCUCGGUUUCCACGCCUCGCAUCACAACACACUACACCAUCCACUCCCGGGACAAAGAUCCAAGAUGGGAGGGCGUGGAAAUGGAAAGGUUUACGGACGAGGCGGACGUGGUGAUCGUCGGCGGUGGUCCCGCCGGUCUUUCGGCCGCCAUUCGCCUGAAGCAGCUGGCUAACGAGCAGGAGAAGGAGCUGCGCGUGUGCCUGGUGGAGAAGGCGUCUCAAAUGGGGGCGCACACGCUCUCGGGGGCCUGCCUGGAGCCCAGCGCGCUGCACGAACUCUUCCCCGACUGGAAGGAACGAGGGGCUCCUCUCAACACACCAGUGACCGAGGAUGUCUUCAACAUUUUGACAGAGAAGCACAGGAUCCCCGUUCCCAUGUUACCAGGUCUGCCCAUGAGGAACCAUGGCAACUACGUCGUGCGUCUGGGCAACUUUGUCCGCUGGUUGGGCGAGCAGGCCGAGGAGCUCGGAGUGGAGUUGUAUCCUGGUUACGCCGCCUCCGAGGUUUUGUUCCACGAAGACGGGAGCGUCAAAGGAAUUGCCACCAACGACGUCGGCAUCGCCAAAGACGGCUCGCCAAAGGACAACUUUGAGCGGGGGAUGGAGCUCCACGCGAAGGUGACGUUGUUUGGAGAGGGAUGUCACGGCCAUCUCGCCAAGCAGCUAUACAAGAAGUUCAACCUGCGCGAAAACUGCGAGCCGCAGACGUACGCCAUCGGCCUCAAGGAGGUGUGGACGAUUGACGAAAAGAAGUGGCGUCCUGGCCGCGUGGAGCAUUCGGUGGGCUGGCCUCUCAACCGGAACACGUACGGCGGUUCCUUCCUGUAUCAUCUCAACGAAGGAGAGCCUCUGGUGGCUCUGGGCUUUGUGGUGGGUCUGGACUACUCCAACCCUUACCUGAACCCCUUCCGGGAGUUCCAGCGGUGGAAGCAUCACCCUUUCGUCACACCCACGCUGGAGGGAGGCCACAGGAUCGCAUACGGCGCCCGCGCCCUGAAUGAGGGCGGCUUCCAGUCUGUUCCUAAAGUGACGUUCCCAGGCGGCCUUCUUAUUGGCUGCAGCCCCGGCUUCAUGAACGUGCCAAAAAUUAAAGGCACCCACACGGCUAUGAAGAGCGGUAUGCUGGCAGCGGAGGCCAUUUUCCCACGAGUGAUGGCGGUGGCCGAGGGGGGAGAGUCGGAGACGGCAGGUCUGCACAUUCCCGAGUACGCCGAAGCCCUGAAGGUGUCGUGGGUGUGGAAGGAGCUCCAUGCUGUGAGGAACAUCCGUCCGUCCUUCCACAACUACUUCGGCCUGUACGGCGGCAUGAUCUACACGGGUAUCUUCUAUUGGAUCCUGAGGGGCAAAGAGCCGUGGACGCUCAAGCACUGUGGCCGUGACGCCGACCAGCUGAAGCCGGCCAAAAACUGCACACCCAUCGAGUAUCCCAAGCCUGACGGAAAGAUCAGCUUUGACCUGCUGUCCUCUGUGGCGCUCAGUGGCACAAACCACGAAGGAGACCAGCCCGCACACCUGACUCUCAUGGACGACAGCGUGCCCGUCGACAGGAACCUCGCCAUCUAUGAUGGGCCCGAGCAGCGCUUCUGCCCCGCAGGCGUGUACGAGUACGUUCCCGUGGAAUCGGGCGACGGCAUGCGGCUGCAGAUCAACGCUCAGAACUGCGUACACUGUAAGACGUGUGACAUCAAGGACCCCAGCCAGAACAUCAACUGGGUGGUCCCGGAGGGCGGAGGCGGACCGGCCUACAACGGAAUGUAAAUACAGCGGCCCGGCCACCAAAUCAAGGAAAAUAUGGUUCACUUGAACCAUGACUGAAUGAAUAUUCAGUGCCUCGCUUAAGUGAAAAUGUGCCUACUGUUGCUGUUAUACAGUCAAAGGUUUGGAGUUUUGCACUUUCUAUAGGAUGGAAAAGUGUGUCCAAAUGUUUGGCUGUUAGUGUAUAUGUAAUAAUUAACACAAAUCAUGUUUAAAGAGCUUGGACUUUAUUAAUUCAUGAUGCGACACUACCGCUGUCCAAAACAGUGACGCUUGAACAUUUCAUUUGCAUAAAGUGGCCUUCAGGAAUAUUAAAUAAGGACUUACAGCAAGCGUUUUUGAUAAAUUAUUCCAGGUACAUUUUGCUGUACUGUACAUAAUGUCACAUCAGUGAAUAAACUACUCGACUGUUCUGUACUCACUGAGGACCUUUUGAUGCAUUCAAGGACAUUGCUACAAGACAGCGGCAGCGUUCAGUGUAGAAAACUCCAGGACGAGGUUUGUUACAUGAGGAGGGGCGAACGGUGCAUUCAGGCAAACAUUUUGGCGUAGAUUUUCUUUUCUCGCUCUUUUUCCUGCUGGACUUGAAGCUGCACGCGCUUCAUCUCGUUGCUGAUGGCUGCCAGAAAAGGGAAAGGUGUCAGUACUUGAGGGGAGUAGUGACGCUGCACAGUCUCCGCUUUGCUGGAGCGGGCGUUAAAUGUGAUUUCAAGAGGCUAUGCUAGAGGUGCACGGACCAUUCAAUGUCAACUAAACAUGGUGGCAUUAGUGGUGCACAGACCAAAUAUGUAAAAAAUGAAUGAUAUUACAGCAGCGAUUUCCCAACCACUAAUCGAAUUACACUUGGUGCAAUACUUAUUUACUACAAAUGUAUGCCAGUGAUGUAUAGUGACAGGCAGAACAAUGAAACACUCUUCUCUGAAUAAGGUACAUUACAGGUGCACAGACCUAAUUAUCAUUACGACGGUGACGUGUUUAUUUAGCGGUUUGUAAACAAGGAAAGAAAGCUCACCUUUGUCCUCUGGAGCUAUUCCCUGAGCUGACUUCAGAUCAGUCUGAAAAUAAGAAUGAGGACUUAGCAUAGCUUUUAGCAUUUGUGACAACAAACCUUAGACUGGUUUUGGUGCUUAAGUAACACCAUAUUGAAAAGGUUACCAUAGCUUGGUUGUACUCCUUGAGGCCCUGCCAGGCCUGCGCCCUGCGGAAAAGAGCCUUGGUGUUGCCUUUGUCCAGCGCCAGAGCCUACAAAUACAAAACACGGCACAAGUGAGCACACUCAUGGUGUACUAGCGCCAUCUUGUGGAUGAAAGCCAACACCGGACCUCGUUGCAGCUGUCCACGGUCUCCUGCCACAGCUGCAGCUUCAGCUUGCAGGCGGCCGUGUUGAGGUAGCAACUGAGCACGGCUGGCUCCAGCUUUUUUUGCACCGCAGACUCCUCGCCCUCGUCGUCCUCCAACACUUCGCCGCAUACUUCCAAAUACCUGUGGAGAGAGGCGUAGUUGACACCAUUUUGUCUUUACCCAUAAUACAAGGGAUAAUUAGAGUUGAACCUAAGAGCUUUGCUGUAUUUGUUGACGGCGCCAUUCCAGUCUUGACUCUUAAAAAGGUUGUUUCCAAUCUUCUUAAUGUCCUCGGCCACAGACAUAACUUUGUCCACCUGGGGGGGAAAACAUUUUGGAAAUCCAUUUUGUGGGACGUUUAAAACAGCAAAGUGAACCAUUUUGUUUUAUUGGGUUACUAUGUACCACAUGCUUGUGCUACAAGUACAUUACAACUCUUUUUAAAAGAGCAAUUUAAAUGUGCACUACAAUCUAGUAUUAUGUAAAAGACAAAAACAAAAUUUUAUUGUUUUAAACACUAAAUGAGCAAUCUAUGUUGUGCCAUUGUGGUUUGCACUUAAUGAUAUUACGAUUAUUAUUUUUUUGAAAAAAAUUUGAGACAAAUUUAUGCAUGCUAUAAAUUUGCUAAAUUAAUACUAUUUUAAGUGUGCAUUCUCUGUGCACCAGUCUUUAGGGUAUUGUGU